CUUGUCACCAAAAGGAUGUGAUUUGCCAACUUAUCUCACUCUUUUCUAAUGGUAGCGAUGUGAGGCUCUAACUUUCCCAAGAUAACAUGGCCCAUACAAGGCUUUGUUAGAGAAGAAAAACAACCAUGAAGAAAAAGUUACAGCCUGGGGAUGACAGAGAACUUGAAAUUCUCAAGGCUGUGGCACAAGCUUGGUACAGCCACUCCAGCGGCUCUAGGCCCACGUCCGAAUUUGACGCUCACCGGAGAAAUUUCAGAGGCAGAUUACCGUCUCGGUUCAAGCUCGAAGCGAUGAGAAAGUCUACAUCAGCUAGUAAUCAGGCUAGUGGAUAUGCAGCAUGGGACUUUGGGCAGUCCCUAUGGGAUGCUUAUGAGAUUGUGGCCGUGUCCAAAAGGUUAGAGACUGGGUUAUUCGUUGAUGAAAAUCCAUUCAAUCAGCUGGAUAGUCAGACCCGAGUCAUUAGGAGGCGUAGGGAGAGCAAGCACAGCCUCAGAAGUUUGUUUGAUAAAAUGUCUUCGAGGAGAUUUAAUGAGGCUGAUGUUCCACCUGAUAAUGAUACUUAAUUCUGGUC